CCACACAGGAGAGAAACCUUUUGAAUGUUCAGAGUGUGGAAAGGGAUUUACUAGCAGUGGCAAUCUUCAAAUGCAUCAAAGAACCCACACAGGAGAGAAACCUUUUGAAUGCUCAGAGUGUGGAAAGAGAUUCAGUCUAAGUGACACUCUUCAAAGGCAUCAAAGAACCCACACAGGAGAGAAACCUUUUAAAUGCUCAGAGUGUGGAAAGAGAUUCAGUGUGAGUGGCAGUCUUCAAAGGCAUCUAAGAACCCACACAGGGGAGAAACCUUUUGAAUGCUCAGACUGUGGAAAGAGAUUCAGUUUCAGUGACCAACUUCAAAGACAUUUCAGAAUCCACACAGGGGAGAAACCUUUUGAAUGCUCAGAGUGUGGAAAGAGAUUCCGUCACAGUGGCAAUCUUCAAAAGCAUCAAAGAACCCACACUGGGGAGAAACCUUUCGAAUGCUCGGAGUGUGGAAAGAGAUUCAGAUACACUGUCACUCUUCAACAGCAUCAAAGAAACCACACAGAGGAAAAACCUUUUGAAUGCUCGGAGUGCGGAAGGAGAUUCAAUCGCACUUUCGAUCUUCAAGAGCAUCAAAGAACCCACACUGGGGAGAAACCUUUUGAAUGCUCGGAGUGUGGGAAGAGAUUCAGUCUGAGUGGCAGUCUUCGAAUGCAUUUCAAAACCCACACAGGGGAGAAACCUUUUGAAUGCUCGGAGUGUGGAAAGAGAUUCAAUCGCCCUUUUGAUCUUCAAGAGCAUCAAAGAACCCACACUGGGGAAAAACCUUUUGAAUGCUCGGAGUGUGGGAAGAGAUUCAGUCUGCGUGGCAGUCUUCGACUGCAUUUCAAAACCCACACUGGGGAGAAACCUUUUGAAUGCUCAGUGUGUGGAAAGAAAUUCAGUUUCAGUAGCAAACUUCAAAGCCAUGUCAGAACCCAUUCAGGGGAAAAACCUUUUGAAUGCUCAGAGUGUGGAAAGAGAUUCAAUAGCAGUGGCACUCUUCAAGAGCAUCAAAGAACCCACACAGGGGAGAAACCAUUUGAAUGCUCAGAGUGUGGAAGGAGAUUCAAUCACAGUAGCAACCUUCAAAGGCAUCUAAGAACACACACAGGAGAGAAACGUUUUGAAUGCUCAGAGUGUGGAAAGAGAUUCAGUCAGAGUGGCAAUCUUGAAAAUCAUCAAAGAACCCACACAGGGGAGAAACCGUUUGAAUGCUCAGAGUGUGGAAAGAGGUUCAGUCAGAGUAGCCACCUUCAAAGGCAUCUAACAACACACAGGACAGAAAAGUUUUGA